AUGUUGGGCAUUGGUUUCCUUACCUAUUUACUAAAAACCUUGGACUUGUACAUCAACGAUUAUAUGUGCGAUAUGACUGUUAACAGUUUUGAGGGUCUGGCGUUGGCUUUGAAGGAAUUUAAUGGUGUGCAACAAGUUUGGACAGAACUUCAUCAACAGUGCGAAGAAUUCUCUUUGUAUGUAUGCAAUCGUAAGGUUAAUUUGAAACUUGCCGGCGCCUUAAAUAUGGAUCGCAAAGCAUGGUUAUCGCUGAUGUCUACCUUGGCCACAUAUUCCAUAGUUUUAAUACAAGCUCAUAUGAAAUCCCCAUAGAGAGAGAGAGAGAGAGAGAGAGAGAGAGAGAGAGAGAGAAAACAAGCGCGGAGAGAGAGAAAGAAAGGGAUAGAGAGAUACCCUAAAAUAUUAAAUUAUGUUCCCAAUUGGGCUUGUAUUAAAACUAUGGAAUAUGUGGCC